ACUAUGGAUCCAAAGUUUUGAAAUGGUCAAUUUUUUUCUUCUGAAAAUUCAGAUAAUCAUCUGGAUGUAUAUAAAAAGUUUCCAACUUCCAGACGAUUAGGCCUUGGUGUCACCACCACCACCACCACCACCGUCGUCGUCUGCAAUCUUCAGUCUUCACCUUCUUUGCAACACACAGAACAGAAUCAUGUCAAAGGCAGAGAGCAGUUUCAAGGAGCCCAGAUGGUCUCUUCAGGGAAUGACCGCUCUUGUCACUGGUGGCACUCGGGGAAUUGGGAAUGCAACGGUGGAGGAGCUUGCUGGGCUUGGAGCUAGAGUGCAUACAUGUUCAAGAAAUGAAGCAGAGCUUAAUAAGUGUUUGAAAGAAUGGGAAGCCAAGGGUUUUGUGGUCACUGGGUCAGUUUGUGAUGCGACAUCUCGAGCCCAGAGAGAGAAGCUAAUUGAGCAAGUGGGUUCUGUUUUUAAUGGCCGUCUCAACAUUCUUGUUAACAAUGUUGGCACAAAUAUCAGGAAGCCAACUAUCGAGUACUCUGCCGAAGAAUUUUCAAAACUCAUGACAACCAACUUUGAGUCUGCAUACCAUCUGUGCCAACUUGCACAUCCUCUUCUAAAAGCAUCAGGAGCGGGAAGCAUUGUAUUCAAUUCCUCUGUUGCGGGUCUUUUGCACAUAGGUAGUGGAUCGAUUUAUGGUCCAACCAAAGGUGCAAUUAAUCAACUUACCAAAAAUUUGGCUUGUGAAUGGGCAAAAGACAAUAUCAGGACAAAUUGUGUUGCACCCUGGUAUAUCAAAACCUCACUCGUGGAAAAUUUGCUUGCUAACAAAGAGUUCUUGGAUAAAAUAGUUGCUCGAACGCCUCUUCAACGCGUUGGAGAAGCAAAAGAAGUAUCAUCCCUGGUUGCAUUCCUCUGCCUACCUGCUGCUUCAUACAUUACUGGACAGAUUAUUUCUGUUGAUGGAGGAGUCACUGUGAAUGCAUUUGAUCCUGGCAUGAGACUGGAUUGAGCAAUCUGCCCUUUUUCUUUUCUCCCCUUCGUUGAAAAUGCACAUUUGUCCAAUGUCUUGAAUUGUUCUGGUUCAUAACAUAUUGUUCAUAUUUAGUUCUGAGGACAUGGUGUUUUGUUUGAAGCAAUGUUUUUAAACCGAACCUUGAACCGGCGAGAUCAUAGAAUUAAACCCAAUUAAGGGUUUUAGGUUCAAUCUUGAACCAUGGUUGAUGUUUAA